AUGUCUGGUGGGGCUGCAGCUGCUUCUGCUGCCGGUUAUGAUAGGCACAUUACGAUUUUCUCGCCUGAGGGGCGUUUGUACCAGGUCGAGUACGCUUUCAAGGCUACGAACCAGACCAACAUAAACUCACUGGCUGUGAGAGGCAAUACGAGCACGGUGAUAAUAAACCAGAAGAAGGUGCCCGAUAAGCUGCUAGAUGCGUGGACGGUUUCGUAUAUCUUUCCGAUCUCAAAGAGUAUCGGCAUGGUGGCCAACGGCGGUAUCCCGGACGCCAGGAACGCGGCGUUGAGGGCCAAGGCGGAAGCUGCAGAGUUCCGUUACAAGUACGGGUACGAUAUGCCGUGUGAUGUUUUGGCCAAGAGAAUGGCGAACCUGUCGCAGAUCUACACGCAAAGGGCGUACAUGAGACCGCUGGGCGUGAUCCUGACGUUUGUGGCUGUCGACGAGGAGCUAGGGCCCUCCAUCUACAAGACGGAUCCCGCCGGAUACUUUGUUGGGUACAAGGCCACGGCUACGGGGCCCAAACAGCAGGAGAUAACGACUAGGUUGGAGAAUUUCUUCAAGAAGAACAACGCGCCGGACAAGGUGGACGAGGAUUCGUGGGAAAAAGUGGUCGAGUUUGGGAUAAGUCAUUUGAUCGACUCGCUGGGGACCGAUUUCACUAAGAGAGAUCUGGAGGUCGGCGUCGCCGUCAAGGGUAAGUUUUUUGUCCUAAGUGAGGACGAAAUCGAGGAAAGACUGGUUGCCAUCGCGGAACAGGACUGA